AUGCCGCCGCCCGGUGACCUGGACGUCCCUCAGCCAGCACGCCCCAGUCUCCAGGGCCGGCGACUCUGGUCCGGCCUCUCUGUCCUCUCCAAGCGCUCCCUGGCCUCGCACGCCACCUCUUCCUUUGAGGCCGACGACGAGCGCUCCUCGACCGACGGCGACAUGACGGACCGCAGCAGCGACGCCGGCGCCCAGCGGUACACGGGCUACGAUGCGCGUCCGACCAGCCGCAAGGAGCUCCUUGGCUGGUACAUGUAUGCCUUUGCUGCCGAGACGUAUGUCAUCUGCGGAAUCGCCUCCUUCAUCCCCAUCCUGCUCGAGUCCCUGGCCCGCGAAAACGGCGUGCUGCUCUCGGACCCCACCAAGCCAUGCGGCACCAGCGACAGCAAAAGCGAGGAUGACGGCCAGUGCGUCGUCUACGUGCUCGGCCUUGAGAUCAACACGGCCAGCUUCGCCAUGUACACCUUUUCCGUCAGCGUCAUGAUCCAGGCCCUGCUCGUCGUCAGCAUCAGCAGCGCCGCCGACCACGGAAACUACCGAAAGAAGCUCCUCCUCGCCUUUGCCUGGAUCGGCGGCCUUGCCGUCAUGUGCUACAUCUUCAUCAGCAAGGAGACGUAUAUCCUCGGCGCCCUCCUGACCAUCAUCUCAAACACGUCUUUUGGCGCUUCCUUUGUCCUGCUCAACUCGUUUCUGCCGCUUCUCGUGCGCAAUCACCCGGAGGUCAUGGAGGCCCGUGGGCCCCGGACCCCGGAUCUCGCAGACUCGCCCCUCGAGUCGCGUCUGAUGGAAGACUCGACCGCCGACCUGGACCCCUCCAUGGCCAACUCCACCUCGGCGCUGCUGGCCGACGAAGAAGCCGCGGCUCCUGGAUGGCGGACGAAGCGUCCCGUAACCCACGAGGAGAUCACGUCCAAGGAACUGCAAAUGUCGACCCGGAUCUCGGCCCAAGGAAUCGGCAUCGGGUACAGCGCCGCCCUCUUUGUCCAAUGUGUGUCCAUCGUCAUCCUCAUCACCUUGAAGAACACGACCUGGUCCCAACGCAUAGUCCUUUUUUUCGUCGGCACCUGGUGGUCCGUCUUUACCAUUCCCGCAGCGCUGUGGCUGCGGCCCAGACCGGGCCCUCCACUCAUGGCCGGCGCCCGCAAGGGCCGUCUCCCCUGGAUUUCGUACCUCACGAAUGCGUGGAAAUCGCUCUUCCGCACCGUCAAGCUCGCCCGCCGUCUGUCGGACAUAACGCUCUUCCUCGCCGGAUGGUUUCUGCUGUCGGACGCGGUUGCCACGACGUCGUCGACGGCCAUCUUGUUUGCAAAAACUCAUCUUCACAUGCGACCGUGGGCCUUGGGCAUGAUCAACGUCAUUGUCACAUUGACGGGCGUCUUUGGAGCGUUUGGCUGGUCGUGGGUUUCUCGCGUCUACGGCCUGCAGGCACACCAGACGAUUCUGGUCUGCAUCGCCCUGUUUGAGCUGAUACCGCUGUACGGCCUAAUGGGUUACCUGCCAUUCGUCCAGAGCUGGGGCGUCCUCGGCCUUCAGCAGCCGUGGGAAAUGUACCCUCUGGCAGCCAUAUACGGACUCGUCAUGGGAGGCCUGAGCAGCUACUGCCGCUCGCUGUACGGAGAGCUGAUACCUCCGGGGUCCGAGGCUGCAUUUUAUGCGCUGUACGCCAUCACCGACAAGGGCUCCAGCGUGUUUGGCCCAGCCAUUGUGGGGGCCAUCAUCGACAAGACGGGUAGCAUUCGGCCGGCUUUCUGGUUCCUGGCGGCGCUGGUGGGCCUCCCGGCGCCGUUGAUAUGGUUCAUUAAUGUGGAGAGAGGCAAGAGGGAGGGCGACAAGGUGGCUGAGGCGAUUGAGGGCUUCGCGGUGUCGAGAGAGGAGGAGGCGCAGGCCGAGGAUGAGGACAGGGACAUGAUGGCCGACUACGACGGCGACGAGGACGGUGAGCCGACAACUCGCAGACGGUCAUGA